AUGAAGCUCAUUGCAGUACUCCUCCUUCCUUUACUCACCUCUCUCACCAUAGUAUGUCCACCAGUACAUUAUCAACCCACGAACUCAACCGCCGGUUACCCAAAGCUCACUCCAGGAACCGAUGGACCAGCCGACCCAGCAACAACCCAAUACCAAUUCAACCAUGUAGCUCUACUCGUCAAAGACCUCGCCGAAACCCGAAAAUUCUACGGAGAUCUCCUUGGUAUGAGAAUGAUAUUUCUCUACGAAGAAACGGAAGAUUACAGUAUCAUGUAUAUGGCCCAUUCCCAGGGUGGCAAGAAUGGAACGGAAUAUCAGACUGGUGCGGAGAUGAUUGCAGAGAAGAAUGAUAUGCAAGGAUUAAUUGAAUUCACCAGUUCCAAGGUAUGAUGGUUUAUGAAGGUGUGUGAUUUGUGGGAGAUAGCUGACAAUAACUAAGUCAUUCACGAGAAGUAGAGAGUAUGUUCCCAAUACUCGUCAAACACUUUCUCAUCUCGGACUUAUUGUGCCUGAUGUCAAAGCACUUCAAGAGAGAGCUGAAGCCUUUAACGCAACGAUCUUAAAACGGGUAGAUGAUGCGCCGUCUUUGGAUAAUGGCUCCGUUGUUGCUCUGGGAUUCGGGAUAGAUCCGGCAAGCGAGGAGGCACAAGAAUUGAUAGCCCCUACCAAAGCGUUGGGAUUCUUUCAAUUCCUGGUUUUCGCCGAUCCAGACGGUAAUCUGAUCAAAGCACAACAGCAAAUCGGUAGUGCCGCUGUUUGA